AUGGAGCAGUGGAAAACUAUUGAGGAAUAUCCUAAUUACAAAAUUUCAAGUUUUGGUAAUAUUAAAACAAAAACCCAAAAUAGAAGUAUGUGUUUUGACAAAGAUGGUUAUUUGCAAGUAAAUUUAAGUAAAUCAGGUGUAAGAAAAACUGUUCGUGUUCACAGACUUGUAGCUUUAGCAUUUAUUGAGAACACCGAUAAUAAACCAUUUGUUGAUCACAUUGAUCGCGACAGAACAAACAAUAAUAUUUCAAAUUUGCGAUGGGCAACUAAAUCUGAAAAUCAAGCAAAUCAAACUAAGUAUUCAAAUAAUACAUCAGGUUUUAAAGGUGUUUCUAUUGAUAAACGCAAUGGAAAAUAUAAAGCAGCAAUUACAAUCCAAAGUAAGAAAAAGUUUCUUGGUUAUUUCAAAACAGCUGAAGAAACAUCAGCAGUUUAUGAGGAAAAAGCCAAAGAAUUACGUGGUGAUUUCUAUUGUGACACAAAUGUAAAAAAAUGA